AUGGCUACUGUCUACCAAAUGUCAAUUUUAGUUUUCAAUCUUCUCUUCUUUCCUCUAUUCCCUACUUUCACUAAUGCUCAAAAUCCAAUCCCGUUCGAAGCAAAGUGGUCUCCCGCAAACUUCAGCCCCGAUGGCCCGUGGCAAGCAGUUCAAGCCACCCUUGGUGCCGACUUCGAACUGGCACUAUAUCCUGGUCACACAUUUCAAUCAUGGAUCAUCCAAACAGGUUACUGCAAACUCAACAACUCCAAUGGCUGUUACGCAUCGAAAGCCGGAACGUACAACAGUGCUGAGGCCUCGCAGAAUGGACUACUCGUGUCAAUCGAUGGCUGCGCUCCCUACCUCACCCUCCCGAAAUCGACCUGCGACAACAUUGCUUCACACCUCCCUGUGUUAUAUGACGCUAAGCUUGGAUUGUACCUGUGGGACACUGAUUCUACUGCGUAUAACCAAAUUGUCUCCUCGGCUACAACACUGUCCUUUACUUUCCUCUCCGGCAUCAACACGAAGCCUAUCACGAUCCGAGUACCUUUCGUUCAUCUCAACCUCACAUUGUCAGAGCCACUCACCGAAUCGCCAACGCCAUACUUCCCGUGCUUCAAUAGCGGAACUGGUAGAUACGCCCUGGGCCGGGCAUUCCUACAGGACGCUUUUCUCGGCGCCAAUUGGGGCCAGUCGAAGUGGUGGCUUGGCCAGGCCCCGGGUCCCAACAUUCAGCUUUCCUCCAGCAUCAUUCCUAUUGAUGAAGCUGAUACAGUAAUCAAGGCAGGAAACAAGAACUGGGAGGAGUCCUGGAAAGGGGCAUGGAAAGUUCUCGCGACCGACAAAGACAAUGGAACAACCCCGGUUGGGUCCCCGACUGACAAUCGCCAACCCACACCCGCAUCCAACCUCUCGACCGGGGCCAUAGCUGGCAUUGCUGUUGGCUAUGUGGCUGCAGUCGUUGUGGUUGGCCUAGGAAUUCUUUUAUGGCGUCGCCGAACACGGAAAGAGAGAAAACCGAUGAUACAAAGGGAGCCACCACAGCAUGUAGAUGACGGCUUGCAAUAUGACACUCGACCCUCGCCACAGACAGAGCCAGUGGAAGCUUACGGCUCAAUUCCAACAUACAAAUGGAGAACCAACGAUGGAAAGCAAUCGGACUUGCCCGAAGAUCCUCACAGCGGUCGCGUAGAGCUCCCCUAA